GCUGGUAGUGAAUCUGAUGCUGGUAGUGUUCUCGACACGCCCCGUAUCCAACGUAUCAUUAAAAGUGAUCCGGUAUACACACAAAUCGUGGACGAUUCUGCUGGAAAGCCCUGAAGUUUCCGAACAAGAGGAUGUUUUUAUCAGUACAUGAGUCUUAUGAUAUGGAGAGAGAAAAGAAGAGAAGAUAAGGGGUCAGAAUGAUGAUAAGGUUCCGAGCAAUGUAGAGGAUUCCGCCGACCAGCCAACCUCACAAGGAUCAGAUCCUAAAUGGGAUGAGUAUGCUAGGAAGGUUCGGGAAAAGAAGAAGAAGGAUGAUGAAGAACGAUUUAAAAAGGAGAAAAAGGACGACGAAGAGCGACUUAAAAGGGAUGAAGAAAAGAUCAAGAAAAAACAAGGAAGAAGCUGGUUCAUGAAGAACAGAAAAGAUCCCAAAGAUAAGACUGACAAUAAUUUCGUGAAGAGAAAAGAGUCGGAACAAGCAUUUGACACCACUGCAAGUUCUACUAACACCCUUACUAACACCCCAACUAACACCCUUACUAACACCUCGAGUAACAAUCUCACAGACACUCCCUCCAGCCACAUUAUAUCCGAGACUAAACCCCCACCAGUCACCCACUCAGAGCAACCAAUCAGCAACAAGCUGUCUGAUGACGUCACAGAGCAAGCACCAUCUUCCAACAAACCAGCUCGUCCUCCACUCCCUCGGAAGAAAAAACUACAACGACAGAACACUCUAAAUGAAGACUCCCGGCCUGAUCAACCCGUGAGCACAGAGCCAGUUUCCUCAGACAUCAGUGUUCCAACCUCUGGGUCGUCGGAGUACGCGACCGCGUGUACCUCGCUUAGUGAAUCAGGGACUCAGGGCUAUACUAGUGAUACUUUGAGGGAUGUUCUGUCUUUACCAGUUGUUGAUGAGAUAUCAGAAGCAGAGCCAGCAAUCGAGUUUAGACGAUCAUCAUUUGACUUGAGUAAACCAACUGAUCUUGGAGAUUUUACAGUGCGCGUUCCGAGAAGGUCCGCUUCAGAGUCAGAGAUAUUCGACCUCAUUUCUCCUACUCCUGACUACAAAGACGCAGGAUUGGAGCCCCUUUCAUCAGAAAAACAAAGAGAUCCGUUAUCCUCAGUCAUGAUGAAAAGACACGAGGAAGAAGAAGAAGAGGAAUUAGGAGAAGAAGAGGACAAUGUGGUGAUAAGGAGAGUGAGAUCUGAUCUGGGGACCCCCGGGUCAUCUGAUACCCACGUGACCCAGGAUACUCCUACCAACGAGGAUGAUGAAGCAGAGAUAAUGGAGACAGAAGAGAUCCCCACUGGCCGUCCCUCCACCCUCAGCAUCACUGAUGAUGCUCUGGAUAUGUCCGCUAACAACACCCUCUCCUUCGUCUUCACUCAACCUCCUAAACUAUUCACCGUCAAUGUAACAGGGGAACAGUCCUUAGAAGCAGUGUCUCGCUCUCCAAAAAUGACUCCCGAAAAGAGGCAAGGUACAUCUCACGAUGCUGAUGACGAAGUUUUCGAGGCAGACAACCAUGAUGAUAGGAAAGACCAUCGCCACCAUGGUGAUUCGGAUGAGGAGGUGGUGUUGCAGAUUGAGAGAGAUCAUCACCCUGAAUUGAACGCCACUCCACCAAGCGGCGGUAAAAAGAGGAAAUCGCGCUCGGAAUCCGGGGAAUGUAGUGACAUUCCAGCACACCGUGCAUUGUAUGACAGAAUACCUGCUCCCGAGGUUACCCCUCUCAAGCUCUACUCUCCUCCUAAAGCACCCAAAUACUCUCAAAACGACGUUUCUCCAACAAGCAGGCUGUCGGACCAGUUGGACCCCUCUAGACCUGCUGAGUAUGGAGAGGAGAGUGAGAGUCCCCCUGCUAUUGAAUCACACUAUGAGGAACUAAACAUAUCAAAUGGGACUCCGAUUGUGAGCGCUGUUACUGUUAUCGUAGAGACUGAUGAAGAAGAGCGUAGCAGUGAGGCGGCAAUGAGUGGAGGAAAGAAGAACAAGAUAAGGAAACAGUACAGUGUACACUGUGAUGGUAAAGAGAACCUCCGGGUUGAUAACAGUCCUCAACAUCCACGCCGUAAGACAUCAGAUGAGCCUGGAGAAGUAGAGGUAGACAGUGCAAUGUCUACCAGCGAGCACUACGCUUACCCCCGAGCUACCAGAGACAACAUGUUCGGAGACAAAGUACCGGGCAACUACCGGGUUAACUCUGUUAAAGACAAGGUGCCCUAUAAGAAGGCGUACUCCCAUCCUCCUCACCAGGAUAGGAAUAUUAUGAGUUUAGAUCUAGACGAGCCCCCACCUUCAGCACCUCCUCAACUACAACCCUCAGCGCCGAUUCCCUCACCGUUUCCCAACCGUAACUCCAUCUACGUGCACCCGGACCCAGUGUUGUACGCUGAACCCAACAACAUUCCCGGACAACCCCCUCCCCUUCCUGUGGAUUAUCUCCGACGAAGAUUCGGAGAAGAACAACAACAGUCCGGGUCCCAACCUCCACCCCUACCAUCACUACCACCUGCACGACCAUCAGUUUCGCCUGGGUACCACCAGACAGAGGCAGGGUACCACCAGACUGCUGGUCCUGAUCAGAGCCAACUCUACCCUACUCUAUCUACUGAGCUGAAGAACAUCGAGCAGGAUAACCCUCAGAAGUUAUCGGGCACUGAUAGUGACGAGAUUGUACAGAUUGAACCCGCAACCACUACCGCCGCCACCCCUACUAAUCAGACUUGCGGGAUUCAGACCCGUAAUGCGCGGGUUAACACUGACAGAGAAUCCUAUCAUUACGCUAGCUACACUACCGACCCAAAGUCUAAAAGCUGGCUGAUGAAGAUCAAGAAGACAUUCGGGAUCGAGAAGAGUGCUUCUAAAAAGAAGAUGAAAGUCAAUGUAGAGAAGGAUAACUUAUCAUCCCCUCGACACACCACCAGAACUCCCUCCAUCCCCAGUGCUGCACAGAACACCUCCCUCUCCACCUCCCCCUCUGUCGUGAGAACUAGAGCAGAGGUCACCGCUCACGUUAUGACGUCACAACCUCACACUAUGACGUCACAGAUCAGUCAUGGGUCAACACAACCCCGCACUCCGACUGCUCCUCAACCUACUCCUGAACCGAACACCGUCCAGUAUGAACCUGAAAAUAAACCCAGUAAACAGUCGGACCUGUACCCUGCUCUACCUACCAACCAAUCCAGUCCUCCUCCUCCUCCACCUAACCUCACCCCUUCUCAAAUCAACACUCAGAUAUUCGGGAACAGCCCCGCUGUCCCUUUCCCGAACGCGGGAAUUGUUCCCAACGUUCCUUUCAUGUGGUUCCCCUACGGAGUCCCUCAGCCACAAGCUCCCGGGUACGCAGCACCGCCCCUCCAGCAAGCACCUCUUCCACCCAGUGUACCCCAGCUACCUCUAUCAGAGAGCCAGGCUUCUAAUAGGAUCUCUAAACGAAAGAAGAUGCCAGAGUCUAAAGAGCACGACUGUAUCGACCCCACUCUGUUAUCUCAAGAUCUUAUUAGACACGUUAAACGCAGUUGUGGUCUGAACAGUUCACGGUCCCGCACCGCAGCACGCGCCAUCAUCCAGUGUCUGGAGGACAGCAUUUCAGACACCUUGAAGAUACAGCUGUUAUCUGAGCUGUUAACAGCUAUGGAUACCUCUUAUCGGUCCAGAAGAAGUCAGGAACAGGAACCCGGCAGAAGAAAGAGAACUAGAGCUCUCGUUGAAGAGGAAGGAAACGAAGUUCCUCGCAAUCACUCCUGUAAGAAAGCGUUAAGAGAAGAAAGGAUUCUCAUGAAAUACCUGCAGCAAGUACUCGAAAUAUUGGAGGAGAUGUCCAGUCACCCGGACAAGGAGAACGAAACAUUUCACAUGUACUUCAACCUGGCUAACAGACUCCUCGACACCAUGUACCAUAAGGUCGCUAACAAGUCGGAUCCCUUCGAGGCCAGCUAAGAUGACGUCACUUGCGAUGACGUCACGUGAGAAUUGAGAUGACGUGACGUCACGCCAGUGUCUUGUUUGAUUUUGGGGGCUUUUAAAGAACAUUUUGAUAGGUUGCCCUGAUGAGGAUCUCAUCGAUAUUGGAUGUGAUUUUGUGCCGAAACUGUUCAUUACUCAGCGUAAUUACUUUCAGAAGUUCUGUUUUCAGAGAUUGUACCAAUUCCUUUUUUAGGUUUUUGCUUUGAAUUAUGUACAUAAA